AUGAAAUACCGGACGGUGGUGAUGUACAUGGAGAUCGGCUCCUUCGUGUCGUGCCUGUGUGGAUGGAUCCUGGUGUGUUCCACUCUUCCCACAGAGUACUGGACCUUCUCUGAGGUGGGGAGCAUCGUGCUGACCACCUCCAACUACUACUCCAACCUGUGGAGGGACUGCAUCUCUGACACCACGGGGGUGUCUGACUGCAAGGAUUACCCCUCUAUGCUGGCACUGCCUGCGUUCCUACACGCCUGCAGAGCGCUCGCCGUCUGCGCCGUCAUCACCGGCUUCUUCGGCGGCGUCCUCACACUCGUAGGGAUGAAAUGCACUAAAAUAGGUGGAUCGGAGGUCGCCAAUGCACGGGUGACCUUCGCUGGAGGUCUAACCUACCUAGUUUCAGGAUUCUGUGGUAUGAUCACUUACUCCUGGUGGUCUAACAGAGUCAUAUCAGAAUUCUUGGAUCCAAAUUUCAGGGCACAGAAAUUUGAACUUGGAGCUGCAGUUUUUAUCGGCUGGGGAGGCUCUGUUCUUCUCCUGUCUGGAGGGGCAGUGCUGACUUACUUCUCUGGAAAAGAAGGCCUACCAUCAACUUCUUCAAAGACACCUCGUAGACCGGGCACGUACGCCACAGCACGGACAAGACGAACCUACAUGCUGCCGGCCUCCUCCUCCAGAGUGACUCUGGUGCCCCCCUUGUUCUAUGAAGGCAGGAAGAGCCGGGCAACGGGGGGGACGAGGAAGAGUAGUCGAACCUUCAACAGGGACAGUUUUGUGUGAACUCAAAAAGACUUUAAAGACAAAGUUUGACAACUCUGGGAAAAUGCGUAUUCGCCGAAUGAAGUUAGCUUAGCCUAGCUUAGCAUGUCACACAUUGAAAAUAUUCGGUGUACCAUGACACAAAAAUAACGACAAAGGAGAGCCCGAAGUGUUGAGUAGCUGAAACAUCUUUUUUUAUUUUAGCUCGACCCAGAAUUAAGUUAGCUUAGCCUAGCUUAGCAUGUCAAUACAGGCAUCAAAUUUAAAAUUAGCACAUAUUUUUCAUAGAAACAAUGUUUUUUGACAACAUUUUACACAAUUUCCAAACUUUUAUGGAACUGAGGUUGUAAUAAAUGUGCUUGUGUAUU